AUGCCAUCCUCUACCCCCGAUGCGCUCGAGUCCGAUCUCCUUUCCAAGCUCUCCACCACUUCUGCCCUUGAAAAUCUGCAAGAAUCCCUACUCAGUUCCCUACAUCGCGUGGGCUGGACCGAGCAAGUCACCAACCUCGCCACCGAACUCCUCCGCGCCGGCCGCUGCGAGACCUUCGAAGAUGUGAUUGAAGCAAUAAUGGCCUCGGCGGAAGGAAGAGCUCACCCUGCCCUUGGCGCCAAAAAGUACCCGCCGCUAGGUGACGCGUCGGCGAACGGAUCCGCGAAAGAGGGGAAAGCCAACGGCACGAAGAAAGGGAACUCUGACAAGAACUCCGAAAUCCUGCCGUUUGAUCCAAUUAAGUUUAUUGAAGAGGUGGAUGUGCGUGUUCCGGAAGCCGUUGUGGCCGAGGGAGUUCUUGGACUCAGACACAUAUUGCGGGAGAUGGUGGAUUUGGAGGACGAGACGAACGGAGACAAGAAAUGA